CCAAAUCCUAAAUAUGGUAAAGAUCUUGUUUUAUGUCAUAAUGAUCUACUUGUUAAAAAUAUUGUUUAUAAUAAUAAAAAUCAAACAAUAUCAUUUAUUGAUUUUGAAUUUACACAUUUAAAUUAUGCUUUAUUUGAUAUUGCAAAUCAUUUUAUUGAAUAUGCUGGUGUUGAAAAUGCAGAUUUUAGUAUAUAUCCAAGUUAUGAUGAACAAAAACGAUGGUUAAAAAUUUAUUUUCAAACUCGUCAAUUCGAUCAACAAAGAAUUAAUGAUGAUUUAUGUCGACUUAUUCGUAAAUUUUCUGCUUUAGUACAUUUAGCAUGGGGACUUGAGGCAUUAGUACAAGGAAAAUUAUCAUCUAUAGAUUUUGAUUAUGUUAAUUAUGCUAAAAUGAGAUUUAAUUGUUAUCAAAAUUUACGAUCACUUCUUUUUGAAAAUGCAUAA